GCUAAGAGCACGAAAACCUCCUCCAAAAUGUUCGCUAAGAUUGUCAUCUUCUGCGCUGCCCUCGCAGCAGCACAUGCUUCCCUGGUCGGCCCUUAUGGAUGGGGCGCUCCAGUUUAUGGUAAAGCACUCGUUGCUGCACCUGCUGUAGCUACCGUCUCAACCCAGAAGACCGCCAUCAACCAUGUCGCCCCAGCUGCACCUGUUGCUGCUGCUGCUCCUCUUGCCGUCGCCACUCCUUACGCCGCUGCACCCUAUGCCUACGGUGCUGGGCUUGUUGCAGGACACGGUUUGGCUGCCCCCUAUGCCUACGGUGCAGGGCUUGUUGCAGGACACGGUUUGGCUGCACCAUUUGUAGGAGCUCCCUAUGGUCUGGGAGUUGGAAAACUCGGUCUCGGUUAUGGUUAUGGUCUUGGUCAUGGAAAAGCCAUCUGGUAAAUGUA